GCGAUAUUGAGGUUUUUAUUAGCUACCUUUCACGUGAAACUGUAUUGUCGCCAUAGUAUGAAGCUUGGAAUUGGAAACGAACGUGCAACUGUACAGACUAUCAGCAUUUUAUAGAAUCUUUUUGGAUACCUCAACUUAUUCGUGGUGUUUGAGUUAAAAUAAGAAACAAACAUGCACUAGUACUAAAUAAUCGGAUAAUAUUGGGACAAAGAUCUGAGAAUAAAAUUUGGUUUGUGUACAUUUGCUAUUGAAUGACAAUAAAGCUUAAUUAGAACAAAUACGGAAUACAUGGCAGGAGCUUAAGUGACAUUCUUCUCGGAAGUUAGCUUGUUGAUAUGAAUUAAAAGCUAUAUCCGUUAUUUAAUUUAUUAUGACGGAGGAUCUAGAAUGUUUUUAUCGCCGUCACAAAUUCUUUAUACUCAUCAAUAUGAUCCGGAAAUUCGAAUGUCAACAGAGCAAACCUUUUCGGAACUUAUGAAGAAUUCUAUACACGGAUCGGUGUUUCCAAAACUUCAGGUUGUCAAAAAGGACGGUUACUAUUUCACACUGAACGAUGCAAAACUUCAGGUGUACAGACACUUGGAGAAGCUUGGUAAAUGUGGAAGUGUCGAGGUGGAUAGGGUGGCGCUUAAAGAAGUACCAGAAGGAAUCAGACAGCUCAUGAAAGCCCCCGAAAAAGUCAAACGGCGUAGAAACGUGAUGUCAAAAACAAAAGAUGGCGGAAAAUAUACCAGUGUCUCCUCAUCUUCCGCAAUAGAUAUUCCCGAUGAAGACUUACUUGUGCUGGCCUCGUGUGAUGACGCCAGUGAUGGUGACGAGAAAAAUUCCAGUGAAGAGAGUUCUGAUAUAGAAGACACAGAUUCUGACUCUUCAGAUUGGAGUGAUGAAGACGUCUCGGACACGGACAUACAGACAGACGAAGAUGAAAGGUCAAGGUUGCAACCACAGGAUUACUCCGCGGCAAACAACGACGAAAACGAAAGCUUCAUUUGACAAAUAUUUACUUUACCG